AAUUAAAAUUAAAUACUACCAAAAAUAUCCUCCUCUUCUCUCUUUCUUUUCCUCCUUCUUCAUACCCAAUUUUCUCUCUCCUCUGCUCAUACUACUGCCUGCUCAGGUCGACUUCUGGUCGGGUGGUUGCUCCAUAAUCUUGUUCUUGGUUCAUUAAUUACAAAAAAAAAAAACCCAAAAAAUCUAGGAAAAACCCAGAAAAAUAAAAAAAAGAGGGAGUUUUUUGGUUUCUGUUUGAUGGGGUUUUAGUUUCAUCAUGCCUUGAAACUCGAGCUUUCAUUGUAUUAAGCUAUUUAACAAGGAAAAAAUAAAUAGAAUAAAAUACCCUGUUUAUUUAAUAAGAAAAAGAGAAGAAAAAGUGUUUAGUUUUGGUGAUUCUUACUAGUUUGAUGAAGUGGGAUUUUGGUAAAAAAAGGUUUAAUUAGUGAUUUUGAAGUGGGUUUUGUAAAAUUUGAUGUGGGUUUGGUUUAGUUUGGUGAAAUGUGGGGUUUUCGACCCAAAUUUGGGGGAUUUAUGUAGUUUUAGGGUAGUGAAAUUUGAAGUGUACUAAUGAAGGAAUGGAAUGUGGUUGUAAUUAGAAGAAAAAGGGUUUUUAUGGGAAGCAAGGGUUUUGAAUUAUUGGAUAUGUUGAAGUGGGAGAUUAUUAAGUUAUUGCAUAUUAGUACAGAUUGUUUGAGUUAGCUUUUUACCCAGAUUAGUAUUAAGUGGGAUAUGAAGCUUUCAACUUCAGGUUUGGGUCAGCAAGGUCAUGAAGGGGGUGAGAAGAAGUGUUUGAAUUCAGAACUAUGGCAUGCUUGUGCGGGCCCUCUUGUGUGCUUACCGACUGCCGGAAGCCGUGUCGUGUACUUCCCACAGGGUCAUAGUGAGCAGGUUGCUGCUACUACCAACAGAGAUAUUGAUGGGCAGAUACCGAAUUACCCCAGUUUGCCUGCACAGUUGGUCUGCCAACUUCACAAUGUCACAAUGCAUGCUGAUGUCGAGACAGAUGAAGUCUAUGCUCAAAUGACUUUACAGCCAUUGAGUCCGCAAGAGCAAAAGGACAUUUAUCUUCCUGCAGAUUUUGGGAUCCCUAGCCGGCAGCCCACCAAUUACUUUUGCAAAACAUUGACAGCUAGUGACACAAGUACACAUGGAGGAUUUUCUGUUCCUCGUCGUGCGGCUGAGAAAGUUUUUCCCCCACUGGACUAUUCUCAGCAGCCACCUGCUCAAGAGCUGAUUGCUAGGGAUCUGCAUGAUGUUGAGUGGAAGUUUAGGCAUAUUUUUCGAGGACAGCCCAAAAGGCACCUUCUUACUACAGGGUGGAGUGUCUUUGUCAGUGCUAAAAGGCUUGUUGCUGGAGAUUCUGUUCUGUUUAUAUGGAAUGAGAAGAACCAACUGCUUCUGGGAAUUCGCCGGGCCACUCGACCUCAAACUGUGAUGCCUUCAUCUGUUUUAUCAAGUGACAGUAUGCAUAUAGGACUUCUAGCAGCUGCAGCUCAUGCUGCUAAUACUAAUAGUUGUUUUACCGUCUUCUUUAACCCAAGGGCAAGCCCAUCUGAGUUCAUCAUACCUUUGUCGAAAUAUGUUAAAGCUGUGUAUCACACACGUGUUUCUGUGGGGAUGCGAUUUCGUAUGCUGUUUGAGACUGAAGAAUCAAGUGUUCGGAGAUACAUGGGUACCAUCACUGGUAUUAGUGACUUAGAUUCUGUUCGAUGGCCAAAUUCUCACUGGAGAUCUGUGAAGGUUGGUUGGGAUGAAUCAACUGCUGGUGAGAGACAACCACGAGUGUCAUUAUGGGAGAUUGAGCCGUUGACAACCUUCCCCAUGUAUCCAUCUCUUUUUCCAUUAAGGCUCAAAAGACCUUGGCAUGCUGGCACUUCAUCAUUGUCAGGUAAUAAUAUAGAUGAUGCUGCGAACAGCUUAAUGUGGUUGAGAGGACAAGGUGGAGAACAAGGUCUUAAUUCCAUGAAUUUCCAAUCCCUUGGAAUGUUUCCUUGGAUGCAGACAAGAGUUGACAAUAUGCUUCCACUUGGCAAUCAGAACCAGCAAUAUCAAGCCUUGUUGUCAUCCAAUUUUCAAAAUUUAAGAGGUGGCGGUGAUGUUCUAAAUCCCCAGAUGAUGCAAUUUCAACAGCCUAUGCAAUACCUUCCACAAUCAACCAGUCAACUUCCCAUGUUGCAACAGCAGCAACAAAUGAUUCAUCCGUCAAUUGCCCAACAGUUCAUGCAAGGGCAGUCCCAAGUUUCCAAGGAUAACCUUCCUCAGCGUGUUCUCCCACAGGAGUACUUCAAACAUAAUGAGGGACUAGCGAAUCAGCAGUUAUGUGGCCCUGAAGCAUUUUCACUUUCGAAUAAUGGAAUGCAAAGCAGGCAGCAACAUACUAUGUCAUCAUCGCUUGGAAAAGCAGACACUAGCACUGCAAAUGCUGAGCUAUCCACUCAUACUCCUGUACAAAACAUUAUGUCUUCCACAUGUACUGAAGGGAUUAGUAAUUUGUCUGACAUGUCGAAUGUAAAUCAUACGAUGUUAAAUGAACAGACUCCCCAACAUCCCUUAGUAUCAUUGAAUUCGUAUACACCCGCUAAUGCCUUUGGGGAUGCUGUCUCACUACCACCAUACCCUGGAAAAGAGGCUUCCUUGGAGACGGGAAAUUGUAGCUUAGAUGUGCAGAAUCACAACGUAUUUGGUGCUAAUCUUGAUUCUUCUGGGCUGGUGUUGCCGAUGACAAUGCCGACCACUUAUCGUACUUCUUCAAAUGAUACAGAUCUGUGUUCAAUACCAUCUGGUGCUUCAGGGUUUCAACUCUCAAUGUACGGUUGUAAUAGCAACUCCCCUGAGUUGCACAGUGAAGGGCAGGGUGACCUGUCAACCCCAACAAGAACAUUUGUCAAGGUGUAUAAAUCUGGAUCAGUUGGGCGUUCGUUAGACAUCUCCCGGUUCAGCAGUUAUCAUGAGCUGCGCGAGGAGCUGGGUCAGAUGUUUGGAAUUGAGGGAAAGCUCGAUGACCCUCUGAGAUCAGGCUGGCAGCUUGUAUUUGUCGACAGGGAGAACGAUGUGCUUCUCCUUGGAGACGAUCCAUGGGAGGCAUUCGUGUACAAUGUCUCUUAUAUUAAAAUACUUUCACCCGAGGAUGUUCAGAAGUUGGGGAAGCACGGGACUGAGACGUACUCAUAGAUUUGCCGUUAGAAAGAUGCAGAUUGAAGUUACAGUAUAGUCCUCGCUCCAUGUCUACCCUCUCCAUGUCGUACUCAUAGAUCAAGCAAGUGAAGAUAAAAUCUUUUUAUUAAUUUACUACAGCAUGUCCUGAGUAUUACUAACUCAGCUUCUGGGAGGCAUCAUGCCGUAAAAUUCUAAAAACAUCAAAUUAGUAGCUUUUGUUCAGAUACACACUUUGUAGCUCACCUGAAGUUUAUAUUCUGAGCUCUCGCAGGAUCUAUGUAGAAACUGUUAUAAUUCGUAGCCAUUUUGGGUGAGUAAGAUUUCCUUGGCCAGGUUUGCAAACAAUCGGUCAUGAAAUUGUUGUUAUGAUAGUAGAAUUUGAGAAUCUAUUGCUAUAAUGUCGUUGCCUUUUUCUA